GCCCGACUGGAAAUCUCAGUCUUUGUGCAAUGAAUCAGAGUGCUUGGCAUUGGGCCAAUCAGGAAACUUGGUUGGUGCAGGCAUUCAAUUGUUCGCAUCUCUCGUUGGUGGAGGACACUGAAACAUGCCUAGAAUCCAGUUGCUCUGACGGAGAGAUUUUCCUUGCGUCGGAUGAGGAAUGUGGCCGCGCUAGUGAUGACAGCAGCCCGCACGAGGAGGGUGUUUUCUAUUCAUCGGACGAUGAACAGCCUCCGGCUCCAAAGCGGGCGCGCUACAAUCCUCGAAGAACUGACGUUGCAACUGUUCUUGGCAAGCGCGUUUGCCGACGGGCUUUGUCAAUGCUCAUGGGCAUUGGAGGGUCGACUCUCCAAAGGCUUCGGGAUGGAGCUGAUGUUUUCACCAACCAGGUGAGAAAGCCUUUGCCAAAGCACCCAACUCUGGGAUUCACGUUGAGGGGUGAGACUGAGAAGGUCUGGGAGCACAUCUUGAUGUUUUUCUACCACAUCUACCACAGCGUGGCAGAAGUGAUGCCAACUCAUUGGCACAUGGUCAAGGAAGAGGGCGCCAAGCAGAUCGAAACCCCUUUUCCAGAAGAUGACCCGGAAUCUGUGAAUAGAGAAGAGUACAUGCAACGCUUGGUGAACGCUAUUGGAAGAACUUUGAACACUUUCAGCAUGGAUGUUGAGAGUCAAAUGAUCGGUCCGGGGACAUUCAGUGGACCCCGGAGGGAGCGCUUACGUGAAGCGCGCUCAAUGCAGGCGAAAAUGCAAGAGGAACGGGAGCUCAUGAGGCCCUGCCUUCAUGUGGCGGGGGCGUGGGCCCACGGGUGGGCUUUGAACUUGUUCAUUGCUGAUGAAGACCUCAAAAAGGAUUCCCAGUGUACGAUGGAACAAGUUGCACGAACCCUCGAUGAUAUUCUGUUGCAAAAGAAGGCGCUGCCGACAGGCAUGAACCUUCAAUGCGACAAUACGUAUCGUGAGGCCAAGAACCAGUUUGCAGUAGGAAGGGUUGGGCAGCUGCGCUUCGUUUUGCGGCAAGAUGUGGAUGCUGCAUCGCUCGGCGCUUGUGAAGUUGAAGAGUUCAGAGGCCGCCAUCGCGAACCGCAUGGCAGCGACGUGCUUCUGUUGGCGAAAAGGUACAUGGCUGACGCUGAGCCAUUCCGUGUCAUUUGCAUUGUGCCCGCUGAGAAAUGUGCCCAGCUGAGGGUGAGUUUUGCUCAACCUUCGGGAGUUGCAGAGCGGAGAGCUAUAGCGGAGAAACUGAAGAAGAAUCUUUUGUCGAAGGCUCCCGCUUGUCGGAGCCAAGGGUCCAUCACUCGGGAUGCUGAGUCCUAUUUGCUUGGCUGGGUGUCAGGCACUUGGCCGAGGAUUCCAAGACCGAGCAGGUACAGAUUUUUGGAAUUGAGGCGCUUUGAGACUGGCAUCGAAGGUGUGCCGGCUGUUCCAUGGGAGCCUCCUGCACGUUUCCGAGUGUACACAAUCCUACAUGAGAAUGAUGCGGAGGAUGGCGAUGAUGUCAUUGAGGACGAUGACAAUGAUGGCCCUGUGCAGCUCGUGAUUGCGUGA